UCUCUAUCAGUUGGUGAAGGCUCCUUCAGAUAGCCAAACCCGUUGAUUACUUUAUAUUGUGGGGUAGAAGUGACAGUGGACACUGCAGGAAGUCCCCAGAGUCAUUGCCGGUGCUGCUUCCUCGAGUGUGAGUGAGACCAAUGGUUGUGAUUGGUAAGUGGCUCACAGGACACGUUUUUAUCUGUGGAUAUUCUCUUCAUAUCGUGUCUCUCUGUACAGCACCCCGCAGUAGUGUGCAAACCAAUACAGGGAUUUCUGCCUUCCCUGUGUGAAGGGGCUUGAUUUCCUCCAUCUGGAUGCUUAGUGCUGCGUCUGUUUCCAUUACCUGGCUACUGAGACAAUCAGCUCAGGCCCUGCCAGAUUGUCUCUGACAGCAGCUCCUAAUCAUUAUUUAUGCUUUUGGAAUUUUUUGUCAUUUCAAAAACCUUCCGUCUACUUCGAGCUAGGAUUUUUGAUUUGUGUAAUAUAUGUAUAUUCUCUUUUCCUCUUUGUUGUUUCCCCUGCCUCUCCAUUUUGUUUCUUAAAAUAUUCUGUAGUUUUGUACAAGAUGAGACUUAGCCUUGGGUACUUCUUGCUAAAUCUUUAAUGCUUUGUAAAUAAAAUGAGAUGAUUAUUAAACCACAAGUACAGAUGUUUGUAAGCUGCCUGCCUCUGGAGCUCAGCAGCCACUUUGUUUUGUGGCUUAUAGAAUUUAAGUGUGGAGUUUAGAUCUUUCUCUGGUCAUUUGGGUCUGGGAAGGUCAGACAGUUUGGAUUUCUUCCUUUGUACAAACUAGAAAUAAAUGAUUUGAGCUAAAAGCUGGUGUUAAUUAAUAAAAGGUCAUCUAGAAUUUCUUUUCAUAUUUUUUAACUCAGUACAAGCUUUGAAGAGGCCAGUGCUAGGCAUUCUGAGAGGUUACAGUAACAUGUCCUGGAGGGUCUAGCCUUCCAAGGUCUUUGUUAGCCUAAAUAUAGUUACACUCUUUCUUGAUAGUCAUUUUCUCUGAUUAAGUAACUUUAACAUCCAUAUUGAAUAUUCACUGUCUCAUAAGAAUAAGAUGUCUCAGAACUCUAGUUCCCUUGGGUCUUAAACUUCUUAAGGUUGCAACCCUUUAAUACAGUUCAUCUGUUUGUGGUGACCCCUCUCCACCUUUAAAUUGUUUUUGUUGCUACUUUAUAACUGUAAUUUUGCUACUGUUAUGAAUCGUGAUAUACUCAGUAUAUCUGGUAAGUGACCCCUGCAAAAGGGUCGUUCAGUACCCGAAGGAGUUGUGACCCACAGGUUGAGAACCACUGCUCUGUUGGUACUGUUUUAACUAAUACCAAAUCAGUCUACUUACUAACCAUCCUGUCUUGUCUCUAAGAACCCAUCUCUAUCAUCAUAGUUGUUUCAUAGCAACCUUCAGUGAUGUAAACAAACAGUGAGCUCCUCUGUUCUGCAAGGUAAAUAGAGCAUUCUAGAGUCAAGCAGCUUCAGCAUCCUGGUUCCCUUGGGAAAGAGAGUACUUGGAACAAGACAACUGCCUCUGGGCUGCCUCCGCCACAGUCUCACUUGCUCCUUUGGAAGGGUGUGGUAGGUUAAAUUUUCACACACACACCCUUUAGUAUCUCUAAAACUCCUCUGUAGCUGAAAAUGCCUGGAACUUCCGAUCUUGUUGGGUGCUGGGAUAAGGAAUUUGCUGCCACAUCCAGUUUGUGUGGUGCUGGGAAUCAAACCUAGAGCUUCCUACACGCUGGGCAGUCACUCUGCCAGCACUCUGUUGAGCUUCUUUUCUGUUGAGAACAGUGGUCUCCUCCUGUAGCCCAGGCUGGCCUUGAAUUUGCCAGCAACCCUGCCCCUGGCCUCCAGGUGUCAUCACACCUUGCUUCCCAGUCCUUUUGGAGGUGGGUGGUCCUUGGACUUCCCACAGGGCAGGGAACCCUGAUUGCCCUUUGGGCUGACGAGGGAGGGGGACUUGACUGGGGAAGGGGGAGGGAAAGGGGAGGCGGCAGUGGGGAAGAGACAGAAAUCUUUAAUAAAUAAAUAAAUUAAUUAAUUAAAAAAAAGUUUUUACAAAUGAAGGUAGUUGACACUGGGGGGAGGGGGGAAGUGUUUUUAGUGCACUGUUCAAAGCGACCGUCCUGAAACUGGACAGGGCGAUCUUAGCUUACAAAGAAAGAAAAAUGGAAAUUUGGGGAGUCAAGUCCAGAGUUAUCUUUUCAGCAGCUGUGGUUUAGGGACAUUCACAAUAGAGAGUUCAAGGUAUUCAGAUGAACAUUGCAACCCAGCCCCACCUCACCCCUCCCUUAAGACUGGUUUUUGUGUUUGGUCAGAUUUCGUGUGGGACUUUGAAACUCUCCCACAGUUUGGGAGGGAGGGAAAGAGUUGACUCGUGCAUUUGGGGUAAUGUGGAGGUAGACUUGGGGCUUCUGAGGUCUUUUCCCUCUUUUGUUCUCAAGCCUGUGGGUGUAAAUUCAUUAGGAGGAAGUGACGAGGAUGGCACCUGUGAGGAUGGCCCUGGCAAGCGUAGUCAGACAUCAGUAGUGUAAGUCUUUCCCUCCGCCUGUGCUCCCCUGGGAAGAGGGCUGCACUUCUGUGCACACGCACGCAUGUGUCUGUUUUGCUGACAGCAAUGCAUCCUAAUCUCUCAACACCAAGGGUAUUCCAAGCUGGAGGAUCUGUGUUACGGUGCAGUGUUUGUUUGGAAUGCCUGCUGGUAACUUGCCUACUGAGACAUGAAGACUGAGGCCCCUCGUCUUAUCCUUGGGAGUCUGGUAUUGAUAACCCACCUGCCUUUGAUAUUGACAUCACCUAAAACACUCGCCAUCCCUGAGAAGCUACAGCAAGCUGUGGGGAGAGUCAUUGUCAAUGCCACGGCCUGCACUGUUACCUGUGGCCUUGGCUACAAGGAGGAGACUGUCUGCGAGGUGGGUCCUGAUGGAGUGAGGAGGAAGUGCCAGUCCCAGCGUUUGGAGUGUCUGGCCAACUGGAUCUGUGGGAUGCUCCAUUUCACCAUUGCCCAUGGGGAGGAGUUUGAGCUGAGCUGUCUCAGCCCAGACAUCCUGGAGGUGGGACAGGAAGCUUUCCGCUUUACCUGGAAGCUUGCUCGGGGCAUCAUCUCUACUAAUGAUGAGGUUUUCAAACCCUUCCGAGCCAACUCUCACUUUCUGCGAUUUCACCCCGCCUAUGAGUACGACUCGGGGACAUACCGAUGUGAUGUGCAGCUGCUCAGAAACUUGAGAUUUGUCAAGAGGCUCUACUUUGGGCUGAGGGUCCUCCCUCCAAAGCUGGUAAACCUGAAUUUCCAUCAGUCCCUUACUGAGGACCAGAAGUUAGUCGAUGCAGGCUGGGAAGUUAAUCUGGACAACCAUUCUAAGCCCCACCUCCCAAAGUGGCAAAAGAAGGUGGCUUCAGCCUUGGGCAUAGGGAUUGCUUGUGGCGUGGUUGGCGGCGUGCUAGUGAGCAUUGCUGUCCAUGGCUUGCUGAAGAGGUUUGAUGACCACAACAGCCUUAGCAGCCUGUAACCUUUCAGCCAGCCUAUACGUGAGAGUGGCAAGAGAGGCCUCUCAGAGCCAUAGGGGUUGGCUAGGAAGCUUGGAGGAUGCGGCUUCUUCCCCAUACCACUGUGCAGGGCAGCAGGUUUUCUCAUACUGGCUGCUCAGGAGACCCACUGCAGGUUUGCUUCUGUUCCUAGGGGAGUUGUGUCUUCCAAGCUUGCUUUCCCCUCCACACCUCACGGUGUGUGUGCCACCACCUCCACUCCACUUCUGAACAGUGUGUACGAACCAGAAUGUACUAUUAGCAGAUUGGGUGGAAACUUUUUAUUUUUGUUCAAUAAAAACAAUUCACAGUAACUGUAUGGCAACUUAACCCUUUCUUAUUUUAUUUAAGGUUUCCCACAUGUAGAAACUGUCCCACAGUUGGCCUGGUUCUCAUUUCCUUGGGUUUCCUACAGCAUGCUUGGGACAGAUUGCUUUGUAUUGGCUGCCUGUGUGUUAUAAAGGCCAGUCGUCAGACAUGAGGUGGCUAGGAUGGCUUGGUUCAUAGCCUUUUCUGCAUGCCUUGGGCUCUUGAAUUUUGACUCAGAAUUUGAAGCAGUUGAGCAGAGAAGAGAACAAAAGACUUUCAGUUCCCUAGGUUCUGUGUGUCUCACUGCCCUGGGAAGGUGACGGAGAGGCUGACAAAAGGCAGGAGGUCUGUGGAGCACCUGGCAUGCCGGAAAGGCCCUGGUCAGAAAGCUAAGCAUCGACUGGAGGGAUC